AUGGGUCACUUUCUAGUCCAAGGAUGGUUACUCGCUGCAGUCUGUCUGCAAACAGGUCUGGCAGCAAGUGUUGCAGCUCCCGCUGGGCCAUCUUCUGAGCCAAGUGUGGCUCCCACCCUUACUCCUGUGCCAGAGCAUCACCAUAACCAUCACCACUGGACUUAUAUCCCCCGACCUUUGCCUAGCCGUGCACCAUGCCGUGCUCGAUCUUCGUCGGCGAUUCCUUCUUCCUCUGCAACUCCCUCUUCCAGGGCAUUUGCUUCUUCAUCUGUUGUCGUGGUACCUUCUUCUAGUGCAAUUGUGUCAUCAUCGCCUACUCUCAUUCCCCAUUCGAGGCCGAUUCAUAGCGUUUCACCCCUCCCACAAAGCAGUACCCGCAGACCUUUGACUCACCUUAGCUCGAGCUUUGCCUCUUCUGAAGCCGUCUCAACUCCUGAAGCCGCUGCGUCUACAUAUGUUCCUAUUUCUGUACAAAGCUCUGUUCCCCAUGUGUCUUCUCAAUCAAGUGCCCCUUCCCUCCAAGAAACCACCUCUGGAUCACACGACAGCGCCUCAACUUCUGUCAUGAACACUUCAGCUCCUGUAUCUACAUCGAGCUCUACCCCCGGAGUCCACUCUCAAUCAGGUGACUCUUAUCCCAAUGGAACCACCACUGGAGUUGUUUCCACCGGGCCCCAGAGCAGUUCCACUGUAGGUGCUGCUGCCCCUACAACUAUACCCUCUGGAACAGCGCAGUCGACUAUUUCUUCUGCAUCACCAACACUGGGAUUGACCACCUCAACCGUCCUUUCUACUCGCAUCGCCACCAUCACUGCCUGUCCUACUACAGUUCCCGAUUGUCCCGCAACAGCCAGGGAAACCUUUGUGACCACAGAGACAAUUGUUGUGUCUACCACAAUUUGCCCAGUCACCGAGGCUGCCACUGCUACUGCCACCCGUACCCUCCCUGCGUCUGCUCUCACUACUGGAGUCAGCGAGAAGAGCAAUGAAAGGGAUGGCACUGAAUUGACUACCUCCACGGUCUACAGCACCCGCACUGCCACCAUCACCGCAUGCCCGUCCUCUGUGACAAACUGCCCUUUGCGCUCAAAGACUACCUACCUGACCACCGAGACACUGGUUGUUUCCACAACCAUCUGUCCUGUGUCAGAGGUCACAGCCACUAGUGUUUCAGCAACAACAGCUAAACAAACAUCUCCUGCUAUCACUGAUGUACCUGGUAAUGGCGCCUCUUUGGAACUUACUACCUCUACUGUCUACGCUACCCACACUGCUACUGUUCUUGCUUGUCCUGAGUCUGUGACUGACUGCCCUCUGCGGUCGAAGACUUUGUCGGCAUCCACCCAGACAGUCGCUAUUGCUACUACCGUCUACCCAGUGCCAGUUAUCCACACUACCGUCUCCGCUAGCUCUGUUUCAGGCUCUCAACCUGGCUCGCAAUCCAGCCAUGAAUCAGCGGAAAACGCGAAUGCAGGCUCAAACAGUGGUUCUGGUGCCGGGGCAGCUCACACCACCACCAUUGCUGUCGAGUCGUGCUCCGAUGACAACACCUGCACUGGGUACAUUAACACUAUCGUGAUGACACAGACCAACACUGUGCAGUCCACCGCGAAUCCAUCUCCUUUCAAGCCUCACUGGACUACUGGUGCCACAUCUAACCACACUGCCACUGCCACUGCUUAUCUUCUCGGCAGUCAGUCUAGCGGAAUGACCACCGCUACCAUCUCUGCCACCACUGGUGCUGUCAGUCCUGUAUACACUGGAGCUGCACCCGCUGGUACACAGAGCUCUUUCAUGAUGAUCCUAGGUACUGUCAUGGUGCUUCUUGGGGCAACACUUGUUUAG